CGGGUCUGUCCUCUAUUUUGGGUGAAUGGGAAGAGUCGGAAAUCAAUAAAGAAACAGCGCCGACUGCCUUUUGCCUCCCUAUUAUUCCCCUCCCCGCGUAAACUACAUUUCCCAGCAUCCUCUGGGGCAGGAAGUUGAGUCCUUUUGAACGGACCAAGGAUUGGAAUGAAGAGCAGCUGAGCUGGAGAAGGGGCUGGGGCGCGUUUUUUAAAGGUAUUUAUUGAUGGCCAUCCAGCCUCCGUUUGAAGAUGGAAGUCUUUGCCAUAGAAGGAGAAAGACCUUGCAAAAAUACAAAUCCCAGCAUUCCAAAGGAUGGAGGCUGGACUACCUGCAAAAUGUCGGUCUGGGGCCUUGCAGAGACAUCCACCUUAUUCUCUGUGAAUGGAGUUAGGGAACACAUGAAAGAGAAAAAGAAUGGUGUCUUAAAAACAGCAAAGCAGAAUGCAUUUCUUGCAUCAAAGAUCAAAGCAAAAACAAUAAAUAACUCCUCCAUUAUUAAGGUCACCCUAAAACAGAACAACAAAGCUCUGGCCUUGGCCCUUAAUGCUGCAAAGAUAGCAGCACAACGCCUUACCGAGGAAAAGAUGCUACUGCAGAAAGAAGUAGAGCUGUGUCACUUUGAAAAUGCUUGCCUUCGCCAAAAGCUCUCCUCUGUGACCAAAUGUAUAGAAGAACUGCAGCAUUUUAUGACUGCUCGAUUGCAAGCUGCUAGCAAGCUGCUGAGCAGUCCUCAGAAUGGUUCCUGUUCUUUGUUACUGAAUGAUGCAGAACACCGUGGGACUGAUAAUAUCGCAGCCAACCAGGAUGAUGACCACUGCUCUUCUCUAGCUGCCCCCAAAGCUAUGAGAAUUCCACUCUCUCAUGUUGAUGAUGAAGACAGUGAAAAUGGGAGAAACAUGAGGAUCGGUACAUACACAGGUUUGCAAAUCCUUCCCUUAGGUAUACCAACAUCUGGUUCUGCUGAGUCUCAGAAAAGUGUACCCACCUCUGCUGUGGAGAAGUCCUCCUCUUCUUAUAUUGGAUUGGCAGCAAAUGAAAAUGAUGGCCGAAAGUUAAGUGAAGUGGAUGACACUGCUUCAACAUUUAACUUAAAGGAAAUUUUUGGAGACAACCUUUCCAGUUCAGCACAAAGUUCCAGAAGCUGCUCACUGUCUGCCCUGAGUAAAAAUUCUCCCAUGCAGCAGAGCAAGAAUACAAGACCAUGGAGUGACGGUGUGGUGUCAUUGCAUGGGCAUAUAACAAAAAGAAAGAAACCCACAACAGUAUCUACUGUAUUUGACAGCAAUUCUCAGAUGGAGCCAUUGGAUAAUGUACUGAAUGAUGGCCUUCAGGGUACAAAGGAAGGAGAAGCCAGUGCUAAAGAAUGUCUUGAAGUCAGCCAGAUUGGUGAGCUUGUGUCCCUAAAAAACAAAAAUAAAAGCUCUGGGAAGAAAGAAGCCAAAGCUCUAAACAAAGCGAGCAUGAAUGCAAAGAACAGAGACGUUUCUCGCAGAAAGUCAAAAACAAUCUUUAAUGAUUAUGAUAAUGACGAUGCAGUAGUAUCUGACAGCAACACACUGAGCAGUAAUAGCAAGUUGGAUAGACCUGGAGCCGCAAGUCAACUGCCAGUGCCAUUGGCCAGAUUUAGCCAGAAGAAAGAAUGUAGUUCCAAACACGCUGAUAAAACCACAGAUUGUAGAACACCCUCUGUGGUGGAUCUGACUUCUUCAAAACGGACAUUCCUGGAAAAAAUGAAGAAUUUAGAAAGUCAGUUUCAAGAUCCAGAGACAAUCCCAAGCGAUAAAACACAACGUGAUGAGAAGAGCCAUGGCUGCGAGGUGAGGCGUCUUUCCCAGUACUCUAAUAAAACCAGAAGUUGCAGAAGGACCUAUGUAGUAGUUCCUGAGGAUAUGAAUCAUAUGAAUGAUUGUGCCCCCUCUGCACAUAAAAUUAGAAAAAAUAAAUACUUGGAAAAUGAAGAGGAUCUAGCCAGUUUGUUCCCAAGUACAGAGUCUGGCUCAUGCAACAGUAAGGCACCAUUUCAUAGUUUUGGUACACAGCCUUUAGUUGAUUUACAAAAAGAGAUUGUUAGCCAAGAAGAAAUAACUCUGGAUCUGAAUGUGAGGCGUCUGAAACCAAAGAGGAAGACACAAAAGAUUGACGGAGCACAUGUACUCAGUGAGACAGAAGUACAAAGCUUAGAUGUUGACUUGCAAUUUCAUACUCAGCCAGAAGAAAGUAAAAUCAAAAAAGGUAACAAAGGCAAAGCAGGCAAAGCGGCCAAGGGUAACACAGAAGAAGAGCAUUGCAGAACCAAAGUUGAUGAGUUUAACCUUUCUGAAAAGUCUCCAAGCGUCAUUAGGAGGACAAGUAAGGACCGGAGAGCCUUGAAACAAGCAGAUACAACCAAUCUUUUUUCCCUUGGGAACAUGGCUCCUGUGCUUCCACUUUCUUCAGAUGGUGAAGAUGCGCCUCUUGACAAUAUCUUUAGAAGCUCAACUAAGAUUAUCCAAAAGGUUCAGGAAUCUGCAGUCAUCCAGAACAGUUCUGUAACCAAUACAAAUAGUAAUUCUUUAGAGAAGGCAUGUUUAGGUUCCAACAGUAAUUUGAAUGAUGGAAAGAAAAAAUUAUUCUCCAUGCCAAAAUUAAGCAAAAGAGCAACAUACACAGUGCGUGAUGUGACAGAAUUGUGUGUUGCUUCUGACUUGUCCCUUCAGAGUCCAGGGGAAUGUCAAAACAGUCAAGUAGAUCGGGCAAGAUGGAGCUUUCUCCAGGUUUCAAGUUCCAGAACACAGCAAGAUUCUGAGGCUCCACCUCUCUUUGAUUCCUUGACCAAAGGCAAUAAUAUUCCAGAUUCCUCUUCAAAGGGUACAUCCAAGAUCAUGCUCCGUGAUGCCUGUAGCCCUGUUUCUUCACAUUCUGUGCUCCCAACUGCUAAAGACCAGACGAGCCCAGUAAGAUACUCUGCUUUGCCAAAAGACUCGGCAGACUUCAACAAAAAUUAUUCUACACAGAUGCCUUCUGGCAGGCAUAAAAAAAAGACAACCCAAGCCAGUCUUGAAGCACCCUUACAAAACACUGCCCUGCAAGAAAAUGAAAACAAAGUACUGAAGGAUUUGAGCAAUGUCAACUCAGGCCCCUGCAGUUCCAUCCUUUCCGAAGCCUCUCCUGCACCGUCAACUAGACGAAGAAAAAAGGAAGUUUCCUAUGCAGAGCCCAAACUCAACAGCAAACUUAGGCGUGGUGAUCCAUUUACCGUUACGGACUUCCUCAGCUCCCCUGUCUACAAAAGUAAAAAUAAAAAAUCAGCCAAAACGUCUGGAAGGACCAAGAAAACUAAGAAAAUGAAAGCGGAGGACACCAAACUGAGUUUAGAUUUUAUGGCUAAUCAGUAGGUUCCUAAUUUUGUUGCUAUUUGUAUAAGUAGGAAUUCACUCUUAGCUGCUUGUUUGUAGAGGCAUAUAUUUUUUUAUAAAUGCAUUUUUAAAAUAAAACUUCCAUAAUA